AGAGUGUCCACCUGCCCUACGCCAAGAGUCGCUACCUGACGGAAAGAACGAUCAAAAUAAUUUUAGCGUAUUCUAUAGGGGGUUAGCCCCGUCCAUAGCCGGCAGCUUCUCGGAUAAACAUGCAAGCUCUUCCCUCUCGGACAAGCAUGGCACUACAAAAAAAGGGCGGCUUUUGCCACUGCGCUCGGGAUUGAGAGCACUCAGUGGCUCAAAUAAGGAGGUAGUUCUUUAUAACAUGCUUGCUCCACUUGCUCCCAUUACAGCAUCUAUGAUUCACUACCUUGUUUCCCUCAAGAACAAAAUGUCAUGAACGACUGUCUUUUCGCUUGCGGUGUGGUGGUGGCGUUUAGGGCGGUCGUUGGAGUCGUAGAAUGCCAGAUGUCGGAUUGGUUUCGACCUGAAGCCAGACGGUUCUUACGUGCUUGGGGCGUCGCACCUUGCGGGUUUUUAGGAGUGGAGAAUGAAGAGCAAACAGGAAACGCGUGAAGAUAGAGACUUGUCAGCCAUGUUGAGUCUAGGGUGAUAUUCAAUUUGGAUGACUCUGAAGAAAUCCAGCUUGUCUUUCCUGAAGAAUAAAUCUAA